UCUAAAAUUACUUGUGUGUUGUGUUUAAUUUCAAGAAUCUUUUAUUUCUGCUGCUAAUUUUGCAAGAUUUUCUUUUUAGUCAAUUUUGAUGCCAUUUCUUAGUUUAGCUAAUUUUGAUGAAAUGUAGAAAAGAUUUCAACUUUGUAUUGACUUUUGGAUUUGUCAUCUAAAAUUACUGGUGGGGUAGUGUUUAAUUUCAAGAAUGUUUGAUUUUUGCUGCUAAUUCAUAGCCUUCUUUGCAAGAUUCUCUUUUUAUUCAAUUUUGAUGCCAUUUUUUUAGUAUAGCUAACUUGUAUGACUAAGUCUCAUAUGAAGUGUUUUUUCAUUGACCUCUUCUAUUUUUUGGGGUCUUUCUAGCCUUCUAGGCAUAAUUAUCUCCAGUAAGUUUGGUUUUUUAGCAGCCUUGACACAAUUUUGCUUGGUUAAAAAUAUAUUUGAUCCUAUAAGAAAGCAUGUAAUUAAAUUUAAUUAUAUGCCCUUCUAGUUAAAAUUCUGUUCCUAAAAUCCUGGUCUCUUUAUUUUCUGGAACCUUUAUAUUGUGUGUGGUUUGUGGAAUAAAAUCUCCCUUUUUGCAUUUCCAUUGUUGUUCUCUCCAUGUUUUGCCUGAAAAAACAUUAAUGUAUGAUUCUCUGAUCAGAGAUAUCUGAUAAUGGAACAGGGUUCUUUUGGCCCACGUUGGUCCCGAUUCAUGGUUCGAUUAUGUCCUUAUAUCGGUGUCUGGUGAAGGAUUCUGUGGAGGAUUAAACAUGGAGAAUGGUCAUGAAUCACUCAGCAAUGGAAAACUGGCUGAUCCUGCUCUCCAAAUUAUUAGGCACCAUUCUUACCAAUCAUCGUGUGGUAAAUUAUCGUUAUCUUGGUUAGAUAUAAGAGUUUUCUAUAUUAGAGUCAGCAAUUUUAUGGUUGAUGAUUCCACCCCGGAAUAUCUUACUCUCAACCACAUUCCUCUAAGUCCCGAUACAUUGCUUGAAGUCAAUGGAACAAGAUGUUCCAUGUAUUCAGAAGGAGUGUCUUGUCUCCUUCGAAGGGAUCGGGCUGAUAAGAAAUCCGAAGAAGCUACAUUUGUGAGCACGGAUAGUAUAAGGUUGACGGGAAGUGUGAAAUUUGAGGUUUUCAAUAAUGAUGAUCUUGUGCUCUCGGGGUUUUUAGAGAUGUCGAGUAGUAAUGGUUUUGUUGGGGAGUCUAAAAACAGUGAGAGGAGAUGGAACAUGAAUUGUGAAUCGGUGAUGAACGCUGGCACUGGUUUCCUGAAGGGUAAACAAAUUAUAGAUUCUGAAUCAUUAUCACCAACAGUUGAAGUCUUUAUUACUGGUUGCUUCUCCGGGACACCUAUCAUCUUGACCAAGAGUUUGCAGCUCAAUCACCGGAAGAAGCACAACAGGAAGGGUAUGUUACACUCAAUCCCGGAGCAUGAAACAGAUGAACAGCAGAAAGAUGUCUCGUCUGAACUUGAUCUGCAGGUUACAGAAUAUAGAAAGUAUGAACCAGAAAGCGAAGAAGACUACAGCAACAUGUAUUGGAGACAGAUGGAGUAUAUGGAUGGUGAAGAUGGGGAACUAUCCUGGUUCAAUGCUGGGGUCCGUGUUGGUGUAGGUAUCGGCCUUGGCAUUUGCGUAGGAGUUGGAAUAGGAGUUGGCCUGUUAGUCCGCACCUACCAGACUACUACGCGGAACUUCAGAAGGCUUGUGUGAUUAUGUAGCGAUAGCUGCAUUUGUUUUUUGCAUAAACCAAACGGCUAACAACAGAUAUAUGCUUGUCUUGAGAGUGUGAAUUCUGCUCGUUAGACAGUUUCAGUGUAGCUAACCGUCAUACAUUUUCGUGUAAACUUUCUUUCUGCUAGCUUUUCGUCUUCCCUUGCCCCGUCCCCGUGUUAAGUCUCUUUGUACCCCCUUGUUAUUUUGGAUUUAGGUGUGCAACUUCUUACAGUUGUAGAUGUUCCAUUCUGAUGCUGAGAUGUGUCCAAGGCUGCAAAAAUUAUAUGAUCAUUUGGUAUAGUGUUUGUGUUAAGCUUUUUGGGCUAGUA